AUGUCGGACCACCAUCACCAUCACGGUGACGGCGGCCACUGUCAGGGCGAGCACGACCACUCAAACGAUAUCACCCCCGCGAUCCAGUCACUGCUCUAUUCGCAGAUCGAUUUUGACGCAAUCACCACUCUCAAUGAGGCGACCGAAAAGGGCGGUGCUGCUAUUGUCCAGAAGACCUGGGCCGAGAGGCUGAACGAGAAGCCCGAGCUGGAGAGCGAUGCUGAUGAACAGCUUCUCAUGUACAUCCCGUUCACCGGUCAGGUCAAACUUCACUCCCUCCUCAUCUACACCGCACCUACUGCCGCCGCCCCCAAGACCGUAAAGCUGUUCAAGAACCGCGACGAUCUCGACUUCUCCACUGCCUCCGAGCUAUCUCCGACCCAGACCAUCGAGGUCCCUCAGCCUGUGACAGGCGCCGAUGUUUUCGAGUUACCGCUAAACCGCGCCCAUUGGAACACCACUACCUCCAUCACUCUCUUCUUUGAGGAUAACUGGAGUGGUGGCGAGGACGAUGUCACCAAGGUUGGCUACAUCGGUUUCAAGGGCCAGUUCAUGGCCUUGAAUCGUGAGCCUGUCAGCUUCUUGUACGAGGCUGCUGCUAACCCCAAUGACCACGUCGCUAUUCCGGGUCUUACUGAUCUUGGAGGACAUGUCAUGCCUGGUCAGUAA